AUGGUUCCAUUCCAUCCACAAAGCCCAUUGCCGAUUCCACAUUCACGCCAGGAAUCUCAAUCAUUCGAGUUUUCUUCUUCAGCUCGUCUACCAGAAUCUAAUGCACGAUCAGAGCCUUGGUCCGUACAAGACUGUGUUGACGCUGCGCGUAAGCGUCGCAGGCUUUGUUCCUCACCAUCCCAAGCGCUUCCUAAUCACAACGGCAUGAUCCCACACCAGACCCAGGAGAAAUCGAGGAUUCAUAUCUCAAAGGGCGUCGUACAGGAAGGAAACCACAUCAUUUUAACUCACCAACAUCCGGCUAUAUCGCAAUGUCUUGCACACAUUCGCAAGACAUUGACAUUACCUUCUUGCACUCCGGAAACUGUCCUCGCCUUGUGCUCGAUUGAGGUUUUCUUACAUCCUAGUGACCCGGCGCAUUGGUUGUUUUGGAGUAACGAGAGGAAGGCGAAUACAGUUGAGGUUCUCAAUCGCAUAUGUGAUGCCUCUCCUGCCGUAAUACAACCUUCCAGGACUUGGAGUGACUCCAUGCUUUACUCUCUUCCACAACUCCACUGUCAGGCAUGGCACGAUAUCCUUCACGACGAGCCAUGGUACCCUACUUUAGUAGGUGGAAGAUCAGCUGAAACUUCUACAAAGGGUCCAACCCUUCGUAAACGAAAAGCAGUCACAGAAAUGCCAUCGUCUACGAAUACGAUGUCACCUCUUCCUGAAACCGCAGACGAUAUUCCCGCUUCCGCCGCAAAGAGGAUGCGCACUACACGAUCUCAACAGAGACCAGCGACCGAGGUGUCGCCUGAGGCGAAACCUGCGACGUGCAUAUCUGCCACCCCGCCUGGAUCUGUUCCACCACUAUCGGUACCACCAUCAGCACCAUCAUCUCGCCGUAAUAGUGCUCGACCGAUCCGUCGACCCGCCAAGUUUAGAGACCCCGAAUGGUCCGAUAGCAGCAGGAGCAGUUCAUGUUCCCCUUCUGCUGUUGUCGCGUUGUUGCCGCCUGCUGCAAACAGCGCAGUCCAAGAACCCGAAACAGAUGCUCGCCGUGGAUCAUCGUCAUCAGCUCGGACUCUCAUUGGAUCUGAUGGUGAUAGCCGUGGAUCAUCGCCAAUGUCAGACCUCACUACGAUCACUCUUGUCGAUGCGGAAAUUGUGUCUGUGAAAACCAGAACCAGAAAGGUUAAAAGAUCUGGUGUCGUCUUUUCUGCUUCCGCUAGUCGGGAAAAGACUCGAGGCAAGGGAACGCCAUCGGUCAGAAUGAUGACUCGUGCGCGUGCUCGCAUUCGCACUUCUAACUAG